AUGGCUAUCGAUUUGGCAAAAGAAGUGAAAAUAGAACCUACGAAAAAGAGAACGACUGGUUCCCAAGUACAUCGUGAAAAUGUUCCUGCUGAUUCCACUUCAGAUUAUUACAAAAGAGCAGUUACAAUACCAUUUUUGGAUCAACUUCUUGGACAAAUGCAGUCUCGUUUCUCAGAAGGAAAUCUUGAUGCUUUAGAUGUCAUGUAUGGAAUGCCAAAUAAGGUUGUAUCCGAUCCUGACUGGAAAGAAAAUUUCUCUCGUUUCCUCAAUAAAUAUAAAGAUGAUCUACCGGACUUGGACUUUUUAGAAUGCGAAUUACGGAUGUGGAGACUUAAGUUUUGUAAUCUUACAGAUCCUCUUCCAACUUCCCUUGAGGAACUAUUUCCUUAUGCUGACCGAUUUUCCUUUCCCAACAUCCUAACAGCGAUGAGAAUAUUUGGAACCAUUCCCGUAACGUCAUGCAGCUGUGAAAGAUCCAUUUCAACGCUUCGGCGAUUAAAAACAUUUAUGAGAAGUACAAUGGGAGAAAAGAGAUUAAAAGCACUGGCGCUGUUAAAUGUUCAUCGCAAAAUCAAACUUGAUGUGGAGAAAGUAAUUGACCGUUUUGACAUCCCAGACGAAUGUUGUUGGUGGAUCUCCUAA